AUGCUGGAAGAGACGUCUCAUUGUCCGCUGAAAGCUGCCAGUCUUAUUGUUUUCUUUUUGGCGGCAAAAACUUCUACUGCCGUCAGGUUAACGGUCGUGUCAACGCCACCGGUGGUUGAAGUGAGGAUCAAACGGCCGGACACGAAGUAUCAGCUCGGUUUUAGUGUGCAGAAUGGAGUUAAUAUGUGGAAUGGUACUUUGAACUAUGGUGAUGUAGCACUUACACUGAUAUUAACUUCUGUCCGUUUGGUUUAUGCAGUUUUAGCACUAGCAGCAGUAGUAAAACUAAAGAAAGAAGAAGAUUCAGAUAAGUAG